UUACGAAAACAUACCAAAGACAUAGAAAAUGUAACCAAAAAAAUAAAACAAAUAAAGCGAAAAAAGAAGUCCAAGACCUGUCAAUAUAAAUAUCAAGCUUGUGUAGUAACAUAGCAUUUCAUUACCAGAGGUUUUAGGAGUGCGAAAAUGUCGAGAUUGCAAAGUUUCUGGUUGGUAUUCGGCGCUUUGGUGGUUUUGUUGUUCGCGUCGGCUUUUGCGGAUGACGUCGUGGUUUUGACCGAAGACAACUUCGAGAAAGAAGUCGGUCAAGAUCGAGGAGCUCUCGUUGAAUUUUAUGCUCCGUGGUGUGGGCACUGUAAAAAGCUUGCUCCAGAGUAUGAAAAGCUUGGUGCGAGUUUUAAGAAGGCAAAAUCAGUUUUGAUUGGAAAGGUUGAUUGUGAUGAGCACAAAAGCCUCUGCAGCAAAUAUGGGGUUUCUGGGUAUCCUACCAUCCAAUGGUUUCCCAAGGGGUCUCUGGAGCCCAAGAAGUAUGAAGGUGCACGAACUGCAGAAGCCAUUGCUGAAUAUGUAAAUAAUGAAGGAGGGACAAAUGUGAAGAUAGCUGCAAUCCCUUCAAAUGUGGUGGUUCUGACUCCCGAAAACUUUGAUGAGAUUGCACUUGAUGAGAAAAAAGAUGUCCUGGUUGAGUUUUACGCACCCUGGUGUGGUCACUGCAAGAAUCUUGCUCCUACUUAUGAAAAAGUUGCCACAGCAUUCAAGCAGGAGGAAGAUGUGGUCAUUGCAAAUGUUGAUGCUGACAAGUACAGAGAUCUUGGGGAGAAGUAUGGUGUGAGUGGUUUUCCUACACUGAAAUUCUUCCCAAAGAACAAUAAGGCUGGUGAAGAUUAUGAUGGCGGCAGAGAUUUAGAUGACUUUGUUACCUUCAUCAAUGAGAAGUGUGGAACUAGCAGGGAUGCAAAGGGACAAUUGACUUCCAAGGCUGGUAUUGUUGAGGCCCUCGAUACCGUAGUUAAGGAAUUUUUAAGUGCAACAAAUGAGGAGAAAAAAGCUGUUUUCAAGAAGUUGGAGGAGGAAGCUAAUAAGCUGGAGGGUUCUGCUGCAAGAUACGGGAAAAUCUAUGUAAAAGCUGCUAAGAGCUGCUUGGAUAAAGGUUCUGAUUAUGCUAAGAACGAAGUUCUGCGGUUGGAACGCAUUCUUGCCAAGUCAAUUAGCACGGCAAAGGCUGAUGAGUUCACACUGAAGAAGAAUAUCCUAUCUACCUUUGCUGCGGAUCAGUGAGGAAGUGCAGCUAUUAAUGCUUGUGGUAACACGUAGCACAUCUGUGCCAUUCUAGGGAUCCUUAUUCCUGGCGUUUACCCCUUGUUGUGAGGUUCUUGCUCCCAGUUCACUUCUGUUUCACGUUGUCGUACCAUCUGAAGUUCAAUCAGAAGAGCGAGGGUAAGUUAAUUGUUCCGUGUUACCACAUAACAAGUCUUUGUUUUCAGUAGCGGCAAUAAUGUAAUAGCAUUAUUAGACUUACGGAUCUCAGUAUGAUAACUUCUUUUUAUCAAAUGACCAAAGAAAAUGUUGAGAGUUGCUGUAGGAUUAGAUUUAUGGUUAUUUGAGCAAUCUCCUUUCUGUUUCA